AAAUUCCAGUAAAUGAUGAGCAUUGCUGGCGACUGGACGUUUCUUGGAUUCGAGAGGGAUUGAGCGCCACGAUUGAACCACCUCUUCCUGUUGGAGAGCAAGUGAAAACAAAAGUGAUCCACGAUGUCGGCCUCCUUCGCCACCGCCUCCGCCUCCGCCUCCGUCUUCGACUGGUUGCCCCUGUCAGGACACAGUUUUUGCCUGCUGGUGGUGCCCGGGCUGCUUAUCCUGAUCAUCCUCUGGCUGUGCGACCACCAGUACGACAGAGUACUGGGACGUCCGCCCCCAGGGCCAUGGGGUCUGCCGUGGCUGGGCUACCUGCCCUUCCUAAGCCGCCGGGCACCCCACAAAUCGCUGCAGGCUUUGGCCCGCCGCUACGGGGGCAUCUAUCAACUGCGCAUGGGCAGCGUGAAGGCAGUGAUACUCUCGGACGUGACCCUGGUCCGGGAGUUCUUCCGCCACGAGGUGAUGGCGGCUCGGGCGCCGCUCUACCUCACACACGGCAUCAUGGGCGGAUAUGGCAUCAUCUGCGCCGCGGGUCCCAUUUGGAAACAUCAGCGUCGAGAGCUUAUCGAUUGGCUGAAGGCAUUGGGGAUGACGCGGCGACCGGGAGAGACGCGAAGCCGUCUCGAGCAGCGGAUCGGGAGGGGUGUGGACGAGUGUGUGCAGCUGUACGAAACGGAUGCGGAUGUGAGUCCUUCGUCGGAGUUCGACCCGGUGCCCGCCCUCCAGCACACGCUUGGGAAUAUCAUCAACGAUCUGGUCUUCGGUGUCACCUACGAGCGGCAGGACGCCGAUUGGCUGUACCUGCAACGACUGCAGGAGGAGGGGGUCAAGCUGAUCGGCGUCUCGGGCGUGGUCAACUUCCUGCCCUGGCUGCGACGCCUGCCGUGGAAUCGGCGCAACAUAUGCUUCUUGAUGGAAGGCAAGUCCAGGACGCACGCCAUCUACGACCGCAUCGUCGAGAGUUGCGAGAAUAAGCUUAAGGAGCUGCAAGAGCAAUAUCAGGAGAAGCAGCGCCAGCGCCAACAGCAGCAGGAUAUACAGCAGUAUCCACAGCAGGACCUACAGCAGGAUCCAGAGCCUGAAUCUGAAUCGGAGCAGAGUCUGCAGCAGAGCACAGAACAAAAAGGGGAGAGGCAAGUAGCAGCAGCAGCACAAGAAGUGCCCCAUGAACAAGUCCCAGCAAAGAAGGAAGAUCAAGAUCCGAAUCAGCACGCAGAACAGAAGCAAGUAGGGGACCGGGUCACCGAGCAUGAACAGAAGCAAGGCCCAGAGCAAGAAGAGGAUCAGAAGGAGGAGGAGGAGGAGGACGACGACGACGACGUGUAUGAACCUACUUGUAUCCUGGAGCAUUUUCUUAUCAACCGAGUGCCCUUUUCGGAGCUAUACUGCGACGAGCAGCUGCGCCAUCUCCUCGCCGACCUCUUCGGCGCCGGUGUGGACACCUCCCUCGCCACGCUCCGCUGGUUCCUGCUCUACAUGGCCCGCGAGCAGAGCUCCCAGCGCCGUCUGCACGAGCUGCUCCUUCCCCUAAGUGCCACGCCCACACUGGAGGAGCUGCAGCCGCUGGCCUUCCUCCGGGCCUGUAUCUCGGAGGUGCAGCGUAUACGCAGCGUGGUGCCGCUAGGCAUUCCGCACGGAGCCGAGCGGGACUUCACUGUGGGAAAGUACCGGAUCGCGGCCGGCAGCAUGAUCGUCUCACUUCAGUGGGCCAUUCACAUGGACCCGGCGGUGUGGCCGGAGCCGGAGCAGUUCCGUCCGGAUCGCUUUCUCAAUGCCGAAGGACACUACUCGGCGCCGCCCCAGUUUGUCCCCUUCCAGACGGGCAAGCGCAUGUGUCCUGGCGAUGAGCUGGCUCGCAUGAUGCUAACCCUUUUCGCUGGUCGCAUCCUGAGACGCUUUCACGUGGAGAUGGUCCCCGGCUGCGAUGCGGACAUGGAAGGCGAGUGCGGCAUCACCUUGGCACCCGCUCCCUACAAGCUGCGCUUCACGAAGCUUCCGCCCAUGGAAUUGCAAGUGGAGGAGCAGCCACUGGUGCAGGCCUAGGGCUAGGCGAGAAUGAGAUGGAGUGAUGGCUCUUUUUCCCUUUUAUGCAUACAUAUAAGUGUGUUUUUUUUGUAAUUAGAAUCUUUUGAAAUAUAUUUGCUAAUUGGUGAAGUUAUCCUUCUUUA